GAUGAAAUGGCGUGCUGCGUGCUAUACACUACUAUACGCUACUAUAUCAGUGUUAAUGUUUAACGUCUUUGGUUCUACGCGGUCUUCCUAGUUUAUUGUAGCUUGCAUGACGUUAGAUUUAUCCUUGUUAGGAGGGCGUGCAAUUUUCACGAUCUCCAUUUGCAUAUUUUCGUGAUAAUGCCAAAAAGGAAGAAUCAGGCUCUUAUAGAUUCUGAUAGUAGUGGCAGUGCAUCAGAAAGUGGCUCGGACUUGGAUAAUGACUUAUUAUCUCUCGCCAAAAAAAAGAAAGGCAAAGCCCAAGAUGAUUCUCAGUCUAAUGAAGAAACUAGCACUACUAGAAAAGAUAAUAAACAUGAUUCAGACACAUCAGAUUCAGAUGAUGAUUGGGGUGCAAAAACUGGUAAAAAUAAAAAGAAGAAAGUGCCAACUAAAAGAAGUAAACGUAAAAUGACAAAGUCUAGUAGUGAAGAAAGUGCCAGUGAAAUAGAGCCCGAAAAGGUUUCUGAACCAGAAGAAGGUGAAGUUUCAGAUUCGGAUGCCAGUGUUUCUGACUCUAGCCAAGAAGAAUUUAACGAUGGUUAUGAUGAUAAAUUAAUGGGAGAUGCUGAGGAUCAAGCAAGACUUGCCCAAAUGACAGAAAAAGAACGUGAACAAGAAAUUUUUAAACGUAUUGAACAACGUGAAAUCAUGAAAACAAGAUUUGAGAUUGAAAAAAAAUUGAGAAUGGCUAAAAAACAAGAAUUAAAAAAACAAAAGGAAUCAAGGAAGAAAGAAAAGAGUGCAGAGGAAAAGAAAGUUGACAGAGCCCCGGAUCCUAAAGAACGAAGCAAAGAUCGUAAAAAGACAAUAGAAGAAAAACAAGAUAAAAAGUUCCAUGCAAUGUCUCUUCUAAAAGCAAGACGAGAAGAGAAAAAAGAAAGAGAGGAGAAAGAAAAACAAAGGAUAGAACAGCAGCAACAGCAAUCAAAGGAUAUUGAAGAAGAAGAAUUAGAAGAUGACCAUAAAGGAGGAGCAAACAAAACAAAACUUAAAGCAUCUGAUAUUUAUUCUGAUGAUAGUGGUUCAUCAGAUAGUGGUGAAGAAGAAGAAACUACUAAACCAUCAUCUCAUCGCAGAUCAUCUUCAAGUGACAGUAGGGAUACUGAUUCUGAUACUGAUAAAAAAUCUAUUACCAGUAAUAAAGCCAAACCGAAGAAACCAAUAUAUGUCAGUACCAAGGAAGAUCUCAACAAAAUUAGAUUAUCACGUCAUAAAAUGGAAAGAUUUGUACAUCUACCUUUCUUUGAUAGAGUGGUACAAGGUUGUUUUGUUAGAAUUGGCAUUGGAAACAAUAAUGGAAAACCAGUAUAUAGGGUAGCUGAAAUUAGUGGUGUUUGUGAAACAGGAAAAAUCUAUCAACUUGGUGGAACUAGAACAAAUAAAGGAUUGAAACUAAGACAUGGAGCACAAGAACGGGUGUUUAGAUUAGAGUUUGUGUCAAACCAAGAGUUUACUGAAUCUGAAUUUUUCAAAUGGAAAGAAACUUGUGCUUUGCAAGGAAUAUCAAUGCCAACUUUUGAAGAAGUUGAACAAAAAUUAAAAGACAUUAAAGAAGCUUUAGUAUACGAAUUUAAAGAAGAAGAUAUAGAAAAAAUAGUGCGGGAAAAGGAAAGAUUUAAACAAACUCCAUAUAACUAUGCAAUGAAGAAAGCGCAACUUAUGCGUGAAAGAGAUGCAGCUAAUUGUAGAGGGGAUGACGAAACUGCCAGUCGGCUUAACCAAGAAUUGAGUGAACUUGAAGAACGUGCUUCCGAACUUGAUAAAAUGCGUACUGCAACAAUAUCUAGCAUAUCUUACAUUAAUGAUCGUAACCGAAAAAAGAAUGUUGAAGAAGCUGAAAAAGCAAUCAUGGAAGAAAUUAAAGCCAAUAAAGGUAAAAAAGUUGAUGAUCCAUUCACUAGGAGAAGUACUAAACCAAGAAUGGUUUUUAAACCAGAAGAUGAAGAAAUAUCGUCUACCGCUCUAGUAAAUGAUAAAGCAAGUCCUCAACAAACUGAAGUAGUAGCAGUAUCUAGCGAAAAAGAAAAUAGUCAAGAAACGAAGAAGAAACAAAGUACUGAAGAUUUAUUUAAUGCUCACGACUUUGAUAUCACAAUAGACUUAGAAGUACCAAUUCCAAAUAAUCCCGUUAGCGUAUUGCCGAAACCUAUUAGUAAUAUCAAAGAUACUGGACCUCGACGAUCUUUAAAUUUGGAAGAUUAUAAGAAAAAACGAGGGCUAAUCUAACGUUUUAUUAGCUUUAGAAAUAAAAAAAAUGAGUCCUUGAUGAUCUGAUUAAUUCUGAAAACAAGGAUGAAGUUUUGUAACAGUUGACUGAGAAACUAGCUUAUGUAUAGUUCUCGUAUAACAUUAUUUUUUUGUUAUAAAUAAUGAUUCCUUUUUUAUAGAAAGAAUAUAGAUGGUUUCUACCAUAUUAUUCUAUUUAGAAAGACAUAGUUAUUGUAUUCUUUACUAAAGAAUGCAUUUCAUUGUUCGUUAAAACAUUUUUUUUUUUUAACAUUAUUAAUAAGUACUUAACAAAAGAGUAUUACAAUUUGAAUCAUUUAAGGACCUCAUAAUUGCAUUUGUUUUCCUCUCUCAAUAAUACAUUAUUUUUUACCUUUUAACUAAAGUAAAUUGACUCGUUCUCUUUUAGAGAGGAAAUAAAUUCAAUAUUGAAAAUUAAUAAUUAAUAAUUUUCUAAUACAAAUAUUGAAUAGAUAAUUUUAAUAACAAAAAUCGCUAUGGGUCAUAAAUAUAUCAAUCAUGAUUUGCGUACAUUAAUAUAUGACAUUUUCCUAUGUUCUGUAUGUUAAAAUAAACAUUAAUAAGCGGCCACCUGGCGAUAAAAAAAUACAAAAAUUUAUACGAAUUUAAAUUGGUUUAUAAUUAUGUUUAUGAUGAUUAAUUGCUUUAUAUGAGAACAUUAUGAAGACUAUCAUACGUAUAGAUAUUUUUUUAUUCUCUGCAGUGUUCUAAUACUGAAACUGCAAACUACUGCCAAUAUAAUUUGGCUACACAAGCUUCAAAAUAUGGUUUACUACAAAAAUUUGUAAAUAUUCUCUAAACAAUUCAAAUAAUUUAAAUUGCUAAAUUCUUAUAUAUAUACAUAUAUACAUAUAUAUAUUUCUGUACGAAAUAAGGAUAAAAGAAUAUUUUUAGAUGUAUACUUUUCUUAUGUCUAGUUAAUCUGAUUAUUGUUAACUUUAAUCUAUUAAAUUUGAUAGAUACAUAACAAAUGUAUUAUCAUAUAAUAUGAUUUUUAUUGAUACUAGAAUGAUUAGGUAUCUUGCUGCAUCUUCUGUCCAUAAUAUUGCUCGUUAGAUAUAAUCAUAAAGUUGAUAUCUUGAAUAAAUAAAAAUUUGAUACCUUGUGUUAAAAAAUAUCCAUUUUUUGUAAUUAUGCACUAUUAAUUAAGGAAGUAAAUUAAUUGAAAGAAAACUAAUUUUAAGGGACAAAUUUUUAUAUUUCAUGUAUUUAUUUCAAAAUAAAUGUUAUUGUAAGAAAUUUUAUUUAUCCAAGAUGUCAAAAAUUAUUUAAUAUAAUUUAUCAAAUUCAAAAAUAGUUAUAUAAUCUGAUAAACUACAACAUAUAUGAAUAUCAAGUAUUAAUUAGAAUCAUUACUCUACUAUCCAAACAGAGCAUGUUUGCUUUUAUCCAAAAAUCUGCCAAAAUUGUACAUAUAUGUACCUAAACAGUACUAUUAAAAAAUUUUAGAAAAAUUCUCAUUUUUAUUUAUGUAAGGAAAAUCAUACAAUUUACAUUUUUGGAAACAAUCACAACUUACUUAAAUUGUGUAUCAAGUAGAACAAAUUUUAAAAACUUAUGUUUGCUUACCCAAGAAUAUAUUAAGAAUUAAACUGAGAUACUAUGUUCGUAGAAAAAUACUCAGUUUUUAUAUUAAACACAAUAAGUUAUAAAUUAAAUUUUUAUAUACGAUUAAUGACUAGACUAAAUUAAGAUAUAUUUCAAUUAUCUCUAUAUGAAAUGUUUAAUUCAAUAUAGACUGCUUCAGUAUUCCUUUAUUUAUAAUUUGUUACGUUUAUAUACCGUAAUCUUGUUUAUUAUUUUAAUUAUAUUAUGUAUUAUAAAUUAUAAUAAUCUAAGAUUUCUUAAUUAUAUCAAAAACAAUCCUUAAAUGUAUUUCAUAUGCUUUUAAACUGUAUGAUUGGCAACAAUAUUGUAAUACAUACAUGUAUAUGUAUAAAUGUACUUACAUUUCUUCAACCAGAUACUUCAUAUAGUAUUUAAUUGUAUUUUUGGUGUAUCAAGACAUAUAUACUAUCUAAGAAAAGCAUAUUUAUGUCAAUAUUAUAAUUUAUUAAUUUCUGUGCUUCAAAUAAUCAUAAUGUCAUUUCUUAAACAUAAAUAUAACAUUACAUUAAUAUAUCUGCCAUAUACAUUACUUGAAGCACCCUUAUCAAAUCUGGCUUACUUAAUUUAAAAGAGAUAAUAUAUUUUUCUUAUGUUAGUGAUAUUUGUAACAGAAAAAUUCAUUAUGUCGAUGAUUUAAUUUUUACCGAUAAUUACUCGAGGUUAUCGGCAAAUUGAUGUGCUGUACGGUUCGGAGUGUUUUGAAACUGUCAACUACAUUGCGCGUUGUGCGCACGCAAAGCAAGCGGCAUGCGCACAGAACGACGCGCGACGUCUAUAUGCGAUCGCUUGCAUGCCGCUGCCCAUAUAAGGUAAUUUCCCCACGUCCCAUACUAUGAUUGGUUGGUAUGACCGGCAGGUCACAUCGAUGAUUAUUUUCCACAGAUUACCUAUUAUUGGUCCUUAGAUGGUCUGUAUAGUUGUUCUACGACACCAAAGAACUUAUCAAUUGUUCUUAUUCAUAAGAUAGUCCGAGAAAAAAUCGUAUUCUAGACAAAAUGGAAUGCUAUAUAAACGACCGGCAUGACCGCAUCACUCAACGCUUGCGCACUGGAACAAUCCUACCGGUUCCAAAACAAAGUAUACGUUUGUAUGUAUUUAAUUCGUUGAUUUACCAUGGAAAAGGAUAGACUGCUCGAAAUAUACGAUUUGUUAAUCAAUUUUCAUAAAAAAGGUAUCGAUCUAAUCAAUUAUGAAUUUUUGUUAACCAGUGAUCGGCCAAUCAAGACAAAGUUAAUCAGAGUGCGCGCGCGCAGGCGUAGGGAUACAGGAUUCGCAGAAAGCUAGCUAAGAGAGGAGCCUCCCUUCCCUUUCGUUCGUGAGCCGCGACCCCCGCGACUGGACACUGCGCCUAUCCAGUUCCACCAGACCGAGGCUCUCGUGAAAGUGUAGGUUAAAAGUGCUUGUUUACGUGAUUCUUCUCACCGGCUACUACAUCACGAAAUGAGUGGAAGAAACAUGCAGUCGGACGGACCUCCGUACCGUGUGGCACGUGCCCGAGAGCAAGGGAUAACUUUAGAAAUGGACGUCGGAUCUCUUUUAGCAUCGAAUUCGUGCGUGGGAAGACUUUAUUUCGGCAUCUGGAGUAACAGUGGCCGAUGUUUGUAAGACAACGUACGAGGAGAU